GGAGAGGAACGGAAAAGACAAUGAAAAGCAAACGGAAGAAUCUGGAACAUGUUCUAGGAUGACUGCCCAAGUGUGUGUGUGUGUGUGUGUGUGUGUGCGCGCGCACGCGCAUGUGUGUUGUGUGGGGCAGCCUGCUACGUUCAUAAAGACACGUAUUCACUCAGCAAACAUCGAACAUGACGUAUUAACGUGAACAGACAUCGGAUACUUCGGUGAUUAAAACAACGUAAUAAGUUGUAAAGUUAAAGCAACAUCACCAUCGUAGGAUCCUGAUAUUCGUUCAGAACGUCUAUAACGGGCAUCACUAUCGUAACCACACACGAAACUACUAUAAGGUGCGUUUCAUCCACUCCCUUUGUCCCAAACCUCAAAACACUUAAACAAAGCAGCAGCAGUCGAUCCCGGAAGCAUCUGCAGAAAAUUUCUCAGAGUCCAGCUCUUAUAAUCUGCUUCUCGGAGCUUCAGAGGCAGACGUCAACCUCGGCAAUGACUCAUCUUCUGUUUUCCACCCUGCCAUAGAGAUGCUGUACAGUUCCUCAGAGUUCCUCAGUCUACUAGUGGAGCCUGACAGAGACAUCAGUCUACCACUGAACACACUCCUUUGUCUGCUGAAUAUGCUGGUCAAAGGCUGAUGGGUGUCGUCCAGGAUGGAGUCGAGUCUGUCAAGGGUCCCUGUCUCUGCUACUGUCACCAGACUCUGAAUGGAGCAGUGCGCCAUUUUGGACACGAUGGCACCAAAAGUGCGCUCCGAAUUAAACAUGUACCAAAGUGUACCAAGUUCUCACGUGUCCACGCACGCGGCAACGCAAUUACUACUAACGGAGUCUGGAGAUGUAGUGCACGAGCCCACACCUAGAACCCAACUGGAAGACAACCAGAAAACGGGCUUCAGUCGCGCGCACCGACUGCGGUCUCCUUUCCGUGCGCUCUCAGAUGACGUCCCUUCAGAACAUCACGUGUCCCUGGGACAGCCACGUGGAUUAACAAAACAGCACUUGCCCCCCUUUCCUUCCAUUCUCGAGCCCACGGUUUCAGGUUCCCCCUCACUCUUUCACUUUAACUGAUCCUAUAAGCGAGCACAUUAACCAAAAAAAGGAGCUUUCUCGCCUUUAAUCCCUGAGGAUUCAUUUGGGAGGCCAAGCAUGCGCACAAUCCGCUUUAUAAACACACUGAACUCAGACACACACCUCAGUCUCACUCUGAUGUAGGAACCUACAGCACCGUGCACAGCUUCUGGAUCACUGGCAGAAAUAUUAAAUAACUCUUUUCAUUUUAAUUUCCAAAGAAAUGAUGGCUUCAAAGAUGAAGGACCGCAAGAGAACGCCGGUGUCACACAAAGUGAUCGAGAAGAGGAGGAGAGAUCGCAUUAACCGCUGUCUAAAUGAACUCGGCAAAACCGUCCCCAUGGCCCUGGCCAAACAGAACUGUGGGAAGCUGGAGAAGGCAGAAAUUUUAGAGAUGACUGUACAAUACCUGCGCGCUCUGCACUCAGCCGACUUCCCUCGCGGGAGAGAAAAAGGAGAGCUCCUGAGCGAGUUCGCCAACUAUUUUCACUACGGCUACCACGAGUGCAUGAAGAACCUGGUGCACUACCUGACCACAGUGGAGCGAACAGAGACCAAAGACAACAAAAAUGCACGCAUCCUGGCCUUCCUGCAGUCCAAGGUGGUUUCAGAGCCCGUGUUCGGCUCACGCUACGAGUCCGCAUUCUCCUCGCCCGAGCCCGUAGACUUCCUGUGUCAGCUACGUUCUCCGCCAGAGUGCCACCAGAACCCGAGCGAACCGGUCUUCCAUCAGAGCCACAGUGGGCAUUUAUCCUGGCACGGCUCGGCACUCAGCUACCCACAGCAGCAUGGACUGGACCAUCACCAUUACAUGAACUUCAUGAGCCACUCCUUGCACACGACGCCACACGUCGCUUUGUAGAUUUCUGUUUUGUUUUGUUUUGUAUUGUAUUUGUGUUUAAUUUAUAUGUGCAAAUUUCAGAUGAAAUCUAGAUAUUCAAAUUUAAUAAACAUGUUUUUGUAAAAAAAAAAGAAAGAAAAAAAUAAUAAAAAUAUUAUAAUUCUAAUAAAAUGUCAUCACUUUUCUGAAUUUUGGGCUGUACAAUAAAGCAUUUGUAAUAAUAAACCUUACUGUAGCACAUCACAGCAGGUGACAUGAGCUGUAGAAAGUCUAAAUAAAUCCUCUAUAAAAAUUAAUAUACAAAAGUACAAGUAAAGUACAAAAUCAAAAUCAAAAGAAAUGAAUGGCUUAAAUUUGAAUUCCAGUCUGUACUUGAGUCUUUUUCACCAUGAAACAAAACAUGAGAUAAUUCACAGCAACUUUACUCCUAGUCUCUCAAAUGCUAGCGGGCGUGCUGAUAGCUAAUAAUAAUACAAAACUGUCAUCUGUCACAAAUAAAUAAAUACAUACAUACAUACAACCUUCUGACAUAAAACUGUAGUAUGUAGAAAAAGUAAAAAAAAAUUUCUUGUUCUAAAAUCCAGGAAGUAAAAACACAGACAUGAAACCAGACUGCCCGACUUCCUCCAUUGGAGAUGAAUAGCUAAAAGCUUCACUUUCUUGUUAGCCACAUAAUUCAGUAUCUCUUUACUGGUCUAAGACUCACAGACUGACAAUAAGCUUCUCUUCCCAGAGCAUUCUGCCAAAUACAAUGCACCCCCCCCCCCUUCUAUGACUUGGACUCUUCCACCUUUAUUUAAAUACAAUGUAAACAACAAAUUGGGUCAGUCAAUAACAGAUGGUAGAGGGAACAUUUAGUUAACUUCCUUUGUAUAUAAAUAUUUAUUCAUCCUGUCACUUUGAUGUCUUUCGAUACCUUUAAAUGUGAU